AUGGAAGAAAUAAAGGAUGAAAGUACAGCAUCGUUUAUUCAAUCUCAAUUACAUUCAGUAAUCGCGUCUCAACGUGCAACGAUCGAAGCACUUCGCGAUUCGAUCGCUCGAACUUAUGUGCCUCGUAGUGAAUAUGAAGAACUACUUGCUCGCUAUGAUCAGUGUCAAACACAUUCAUGCGAACUACAAGAUCAACUUCAAACAUCCGUAGCGCAUUCGAAUGAUCUACAAAGUCAACUGGAUGCAGCCAAUCAUCUGACCAGUCAACUACAAAUUGAACUCGAUGAUGUGCAUGCAAAAUUAACCUCGACAUAUACGGUUCUAGAAGCAGCUUGUAGUAAAAUCGAUAUUGAACGCGCUGAAUUUGAAAAAUCUCUCAAACAUAUCCGUCAAACAACUGCCGAUGAAAUUCGUAAGAACUCCGAAAUGUACGCGAAGACAUUGGUGAUGGAGCAGACGUACGUUGCACAGCGGCAAGCGUUAGAUACUAAAACGAAUGAAUUGAAACAGCUGGAAAAACGCCUAAGCAAACAGGAAGAAUGUGCUACAAACAAAAUCAAUAAAUUAGCAGUUAAAUUAGAACAAGAAAAGUUCAUUUGCAGGGAAAUUCUUCAGCCGAAAUCCAAAACGAAGAAAUGA